AUGCCCCCUCCCCACUCCGUCAUCAACAAGUGGCUCUCGCUCCGUCGGAAGCCAUUCUCAUUCAAAUGUCCGGAGCGGGGCCGUAGGCUCUCCCAUUGGCUGAGGGCGGGGGCCGGGGGCCGGGGGCGGGGGGCGGGUGAGCCGGGCCGUGAGGUGCAGGGCCAGAGGAGAGCAGCUCCAGCCCCAGAGGAGCUGCUGACAGCCACGCUCACACCUCCACAGAACUCACAUCCCCGCGGUCCGUCAGUCUGUCCCGCGGGUGUGACGCCGGUGACGGCUCCCGCCUCACUCCCUGUGCUCCCCUCCUCCGGUCAGCCCGACAUGUACAGCCUCAUGGAGCACGAGCUGAAGCCCUCCGGCCAGCCCCAUCCUCACCAGACGCCCCCCGGAAUGUCCCCCAUCACGGGCACCCUGAGCGGGGGCAUGGGGACUAACGGGGGCUCUCACCCCAAAACGGCGUGCGUCCCGGCGAGCGACCCCAUGGACAAAGUCAAGAGGCCCAUGAACGCCUUUAUGGUCUGGUCAAGGGGCCAGAGGCGAAAGAUGGCCCAAGAAAACCCCAAAAUGCACAACUCAGAGAUCAGCAAGCGGCUGGGGGCCGAGUGGAAACUCCUGACGGACGCCGAGAAGCGGCCCUUCAUCGACGAGGCCAAGCGGCUGCGGGCCGUGCACAUGAAGGAGUACCCCGACUACAAGUACAAGCCCCGCCGCAAGACCAAGCCCCUGCUCAAGAAGGACUCCCAGGUGGGCAAGUACCCGCUGUCCGCCGGGAACCUGCUGGCGGCGGCGGCCCAGAACCCGGCCAGCAGCCCCCGGGUGGAGGGCUACGGCUGGGCCCCCAGCGGCGGCUACACCGGGAUGCAGGGCGAGGCGCUGGGCUACACGCAGCAGCUGCACCGGUACGAGCUGUCGGCCCUCCAGUACCCCCCCGCCAUGACGGCGGCGCAGACCUACAUGAGCGGAGCCAACUCCUACAGCCCCAUGUCGUACAGCAGCAGCCCCCAGCAGCCCAGCCCCGUGGCCAUGUCCAUGGUGAAGGCAGAGCCGGUGUCCCACUCGCCCUCCCCCGGGACGCCCACCCACCACCGGGGGGCUCUGCAGGGCGACCUCAGGGACAUGAUCAGCAUGUAUAUUCCUGGACCGGGGGGGGACGGCUCUGACCCCGCCAGCGCACAGAGGGGCUACACCAGUGUCCAGCAGCACUACCUGAGUGGGACGGUUCCCCUCACACACAUCUAGCAGCAGCAGGAGGGGGGGGCUGGGACUGGAGGCAGAUCUCAGGACGUGCAGGCUGGAUGUCCCCACUGACCCCCCCCCGCCAGCUGCCCGCAGCCCCUUUCCCUGAAGCCUGUGGAGGAAACACUCCUGCCAUGCACAGGACCUUUUUCUCCAAAUUCUUUUUCAGAGUAAGCGACCUGUCGGACUCCCUCCGUCCCCUAAAGCCUUUGAACCUGGAGCUUAGCACAGGGCCCCCGCCUGCCCCCCCGACCGCCCCCCCGCCUGCGCCCAGCCCGGGGCCCAGCCCGGGGCCCCGGUCAGACCCCUC